CUGACGAACAGAACACACAGCAGUAGCCGGCUGCGCAACAAGGCAACGGGCAGGCUGGGUAUUGGAGCUCUGGGGGAAGUGUUGGAGUUGGGGCUCUCGCUGUUGAAGGUAGGUAGGGCGGCCGCCCCACCUUGGCCUAUUGGUGGAACCGCCACUCUACCUCAAACGACGCGUGGUUCGGUUGCGCACGCGAGGUGCUCGACGGUUUGCCUCCUGAUUUUCGCGCUGAAGCAUGCGCCUGUGUUUGCGGGCUCUAGGCGCACCUCUGCGAGGAUUCGUGCUGCACAGCGGAAAGCGCGUGGCGUCGUGCUUUUCGACCGCGGGGUUCGACCUGCCCGACUGGUUCAAGAACCCAGAGGACGGUGGUUCUUGCGCCGGGUUGGGCGGCGACGGCGAUGACGACUUUGUGCUCCCGGCCAAAUCAGGAACCUUGGAGGAGCGAAGAGAGACUGCUACUGGUAGUGGAACCAAACCUCUGUCGAUCCUCGCCGGCUGUCCUGCAUCCCACGAAGAAGCCGAGUUUGAGGCUGACCUCGAUGAGGUUAGCCGAAUUCUGAGCUCCCGGUUCGCGUCUCCUGAAGCCAUCGUGAUUGCCAUGGACUGUUGCCACGUCAGGGUGUCAGGACGCCUUGUUGACAAGAUCCUGCACAGGUUCAACAGCGAUUGGGUGGCUGCAUUCGGCUUCUUCAUGUGGGCAGGCACCCAGGAUGGCUACCGCCAUUGUGCCAAUUCAUAUGACUCGAUGGUGGACAUAGUUGGCAAGUUCAAGCAGUUCGAUUUGAUGUGUGGUUUGAUCAGCCAGAUGCACGAGGUCGGGGGCUUGGUGUCGCUUGUGACCAUGACAAAGGUGAUGAGGAGGCUCUGUGGGGCCAACCGGUGGAGCGACGCUAUUGAUGCUUUCCACAAAAUGGACCAGUUUGGGGUGGCAAAGGACACAAAGGCCAUGAAUGUGCUAUUGGAUACAUUGUGCAAGGAGAGGAGCGUGAAGCGUGCCAUGGGUGCCUUCCAACAGUUGAUGGGGACAAUACCUCCUGACGAGAGUAGCUUCAACACAUUGGUCCAUGGCUGGUGCAACGCGAGGAUGAUGAAGGAGGCUCGCAAGACAAUGAAACAAAUGGAGGAGCAUGGUUUUAGUCCUUCAGUGGUCACUUACACAAGCCUCAUAGAAGCAUACUGCAUGGAGAAAGAUUUUCAGACAGUUGACAAUAUCUUGGGUGAGAUGCGGCGGAGAGGAUGCCCUCCAAAUAUUAUCACAUACACAAUUGUGAUGCACGCGCUAGGGAAGGCUGGGAGAACACAAGAAGCUCUGGACACUUUCGAGAAGGUGAAGCAGGAUGCAUGCACCCCAGAUGCUUCAUUCUACAACUCUCUGAUAUACAUACUUGGCAGAGCUGGAAGGUUUCUAGAUGCAAAUUUUGUGGUUGCAGAAAUGCACAGAACUGGUAUAUCACCCAACGUGACUACGUUCAACACCCUGAUUUCUGCUGCCUGUGACCACUCUCAGGCCGAGAACGCGCUGAAGCUAUUGGUUCAGAUGGAGGAGAAGUCAUGCAAGCCGGACAUCAAGACGUACACCCCCUUGCUGAAGCUGUGCUGCAAAAGGCAGUGGGUGAGGACGCUUCUGUUCCUGAUAUGCCAUAUGUUCAGGAAGGACAUCACCCCUGAUUUCAGCACCUACACGUUGCUGGUGAGCUGGCUGUGCCGAAAUGGGAAGCUUGUGCAGUCUUGCUUGUUCUUGGAGGAGAUGGUGUCGAAAGGUUUUGCCCCGAAGCAGGAGACAUUUGAUCUUGUGCUGGACAAGCUGGAGAAUAGGAACAUGCAUUCAGCAAUGAGAAAGAUUCAGCUUCUCAGGGUGCAGGUAGCAGGUAAUAGGCGUAAGAGCAAUGAGACAAGAUGGUGAGGGUAGACAACAUUGUGCUGCAUUGUCAGACGCUUAUGAAAAUGGUGAAUGUUGGAAUAUGUGAAAAAAAGGAACCUAGUAAUAUAACAGUGAUGGACUGAUGAUCAUGAAGGGUUUUUUAGAACAGGAUCUUGAUAAAAUGAGUA